AAACUUCUAGGUGGUGACGUUCCUGUCAUGUCGUCCAUCAUAGAAUUUUACGAAGAAAAAGUUGGCAAUUUGUUUACACGUAUUUAACAAAUAAACUCAAUUAAAAUUGUUUUAAAAUUAUUAUUUUUAACUCUAUCCGCCGCAUUGUGAAUAAAUAAAACAUUUGCAACUUCAACUAACAAAUUGUGAUUAUUUUUUUUUGUUCGUUGUAAUUUUUCCUUUCGCAAAAAUGACACGAAAAUGGAAGAAUGCAGUGUCGUCGCUGUCCAUUUUGUUGAUGGUGGUGCUCCUUCAACAAAUCGACUUAAGUCAUCAAUUCUAUCUACCCGGAUUGGCACCAGUUAAUUAUUGCCGAAAAUCCGAAUCAACUGGACCUUGCAAGUCUGAAGUAAUUCUCUACGUAAACCGCUUGAAUACAGAAGAAUCAGUUAUUCCAUAUGAAUACCAUCACUUUGAUUUCUGUACUAUUGACGAAGGCAACUCCCCUGUGGAAAAUCUUGGUCAAGUUGUCUUUGGAGAGAGAAUACGUCCUGGCCCAUAUAAAAUUGAAUUUCUUAAAGAUGUCGAAUGUGAAAGGGUAUGCACAAAAUCAUACACUGGAGGUGAUCCAGACAGUGACCGACGAAUGAUGGUCCUCAAAAAAGGUAUGAGCCUCAAUUACCAACAUCACUGGAUUGUUGACAAUAUGCCAGUAACUUGGUGCUAUCCUUUGGAAAAUGACAAACAAUAUUGCAGCACUGGCUUCCCAAUGGGUUGUCUUGUAAGACAUUUAGUUGAUGGCGAUGAAAGUUGCCCCAUCAAUCCAAGUUACAAUAAACCAGGCGUCUAUUAUCCAUUUAAUCAUGUUGAUUUGACAAUAACAUAUCACAGUGGUGCCACCGAAGAAUGGGGUGUUGGCUUUGGCGCCAAUGGUGGACGUAUCAUUUCGGUUAAAGUUAUCCCCCGCUCAAUAAAUCACAAGAACCCCGAAAAACCCGAUUGUGGUUCACCCGAAGCAAUUGAAAUUCCAGCAAAUACCUUACCUCGCAACACGAAAUUACAAAUCACUUACACUUACUCGGUCAAGUUUAUCAUGAACAAUACUGUGAAAUGGUCUUCCCGUUGGGAUUACAUUCUCGAAUCAAUGCCACACACAAACAUUCAAUGGUUCAGUAUACUAAAUUCUCUCGUCAUUGUUUUGUUUUUAUCGGGAAUGGUUGCCAUGAUUAUGCUUCGUACUUUGCACAAGGAUAUUGCACGCUACAAUCAAAUGGAAAGUGGCGAAGAUGCUCAAGAAGAAUUCGGAUGGAAAUUGGUUCAUGGUGAUGUCUUCCGUCCACCACGCAAGGGAAUGCUGUUGUCUGUGUUUUUGGGUUCAGGUGUUCAAGUUACAUGCAUGACAUUGAUUACUUUGGCAUUUGCUUGUUUGGGAUUCCUAUCGCCUGCUAAUCGAGGCGCCCUAAUGACAUGUGCUAUGGUCUUGUAUGUUUCACUUGGAACUCCAGCUGGAUAUGUGUCGGCGAGAAUUUACAAAAGCUUUGGUGGCAUUAAGUGGAAGAGCAAUGUUAUGUUAACAUCGAUUGUUUGUCCAGGUGUCGUAUUUUGCUUGUUCUUCGUAAUGAAUCUUGUUCUAUGGGGAGAAGGAAGCUCUGGAGCAGUGCCAUUUAGUACUUUGGUUGCACUGUUGGCACUAUGGUUUGGUGUCUCAGUUCCUCUCACAUUCGUUGGAGCUUACUUUGGUUUUAGAAAGCGCGCAUUGGAACAUCCCGUCCGAACGAAUCAAAUACCACGACAAAUUCCCGAUCAAUCUGUCUACACACAGCCAAUCCCCGGAAUCAUUAUGGGAGGAGUCCUUCCCUUCGGUUGUAUUUUCAUUCAGCUCUUCUUCAUUCUCAACUCCAUUUGGUCCAAUCAAAUGUAUUACAUGUUUGGAUUCCUCUUCCUUGUUUUCCUAAUUCUGGUGAUAACCUGCUCCGAAACUACAAUUCUCCUUUGCUAUUUCCAUCUUUGUGCGGAGGAUUAUCAUUGGUGGUGGCGUUCUUUCCUAACAUCUGGUUUUACCGCUGCCUAUCUUUUCAUCUAUUGCUGUCAUUACUUUGCCACAAAAUUGUCCAUCAAAGAUGGAGCUUCGACGUUUUUGUACUUUGGAUACACCGCCAUAAUGGUGUUCCUUUUCUUCCUGCUCACAGGAACAAUUGGAUUCUUUGCUUGUUUCUGGUUCAUUCGUAAGAUCUACAGUGUGGUUAAGGUCGAUUAAAUAUGCCGUUUUGAGUGGUCUCUCGUCUGCACUCAUGCCCGCCCCGAACGCGCAAUAAAUUUAAAUUUAAAUUCUUAAACAAAAAUAUAUAUAUAAAUGUAUGUAUUUUCUUACGUUAAACAAAAAUAAAAAAAUAUUUAAAUUUAAUUUUAAAUCAAACGAAGAUAAAAUUGGGCGAACGUAUCUAAAAAAAAACUAAAAACAAAAAAAAAAUAAGAAAGAUUAUAUAAAUAUAUUAUUAUAUUGUUUGUUUAAUUUUAUUUUUAAAUAUUAGAAUUCUUAUUUUCCUUAAUAUAUAAUUUAAUUGAUAUUUUGUGUAAUAUAUAUAUUAAUAAUAUAUCGAAUGCGAAAGAAAAAAUAAGCAUAUUACAUUAAGAAUACAUUUUCUUAUUUAAUAAAAAUUAAAAAAGAAAUAUCACAAAUUUUUCUUUAAAUGUGUCGACAGAAUCAGAAAUAAUGCCAUCAAUUAAGCAAGGACCAUAGUGUUUAAAAAUGUUAGAUUCUUCUUUUUUUUUGUUAUUUAAAAUACAAAAGCAAAAAGUGAGAAUAUGCUAGUAUAUAUAAUUAAAAACAAGGCCAAUCUGUCUUAAAGAUCAGAUAAAUAAAAAUAAUUUCUUAACAAGAAACUCUUCUUUUAGUGAAUUAAUAAUGAAUAAAACAACAACAAAUAUUUUCUUUUUUCUAUUACUCA